AUGCGGGACUGCCCGCGGCUCGCGCUGCUCUGCGCGCUGCUACCCUGGCUCCUGCACGCGGCGACACCCCGGAGACCCGCGCAACCCCUCCGGAGCCGCGACCCCCGCGACCUCGCCAGGGGCUCCGAUUUCGAUCGCGUCUACAGCGGGGUGGUAAGCCUCACCAAGGAGAACACCUACUCCUUCAACUACACCAGCCAGCCGGGCCAGGUGAAUGCUGUUCGGGUGUAUGUGAAUAGUUCCUCAGAGAACCUCGACUACCCAGUCCUCGUCAUGGUUCGCCAGCAGAAAAGGGUGCUGUCCUGGCAGGUUCCUCUGCUCUUCCAAGGACUAUACCAGAGGAGUUACAACUACCAGGAAGUAAGCCGCACCUUGUGUCCCUCAGAAGCAACCAAUGAAACAGGACCUCUGGAGCAACUGGUAAUUGUAGAUGUCACCUCCAUGGCUCCACUGGGCGCCCAGUACAAACUGCUGGUUACCAAGAUCACGCACUUCCAGCUACGGACAAAUGUUGCCUUUCACUUCACUGCCAGCCCCUCUCAACCUCAGUAUUUUCUAUACAAAUUUCCUGAUGAUGUGGACUCAGUUAUUAUUAAAGUCAGGUCUGAAAUGGCUUAUCCAUGUUCUGUUGUCUCAGUCCAGAAUAUCAUGUGCCCAGUGCAUGAUCUCGACCACAAUGUGGAAUUUAAUGGUGUCUAUCAGUCCAUGACCAAGAAAGCUGCCAUCACACUGCAGAAGAAGGAUUUUCCAAGCGAGCAGUUCUUCGUGGUAUUUGUGAUAAAGCCUGAAGAUUAUACCUGCGGAGGAUCUUUCUUUAUCCAGGAAAAGGAGAACCAAACCUGGAAUCUACAUCGAACAAAGAACCUUAAAGUGAUCAUUGUUCCUUCCACUAAAGGAUCUGUUGAUAUGAAACCCAUCCUUAUCAGUCUCGUCAUCUUCCUCUUCUUCUACUUUGGAUUCGUACUUCUUAUUCUUGUUCAUUGUAUCAGGUUUAAAAGAAAAUCCAUCGAUGGAAGCUUUGGUUCCAGUGAUGGCUCUGGAAAUACGGCGGUGUCACAUCCCAUUGCUGCCGGCACCCCUGAAGGAAGCAAUUAUGGGGCAAUAGAGGAGUCAAGUUCCAGUCCUGGCAGGCAGAUGUCCUCCUCCAAUGGUGGGCAGACAUUCCAGUCAGACACAGACAGCUCCGUGGAGGAGAGUGACUUCGACACCUUGCCAGACAUUGAGAGUGAUAAGAACAUCAUCCGGACCAAGGUGUUCCUUUUCCUGUCAGAUCUGUCCCGGAAGGACCAGAGAAUUAUCAGCAAAAAAUAUAAGAUUUAUUUUUGGAACAUCGUCACCAUCUCUGUGUUUUAUGCACUGCCUGUGAUCCAACUGGUCAUCACCUACCAGAAAGUGGCAAAUGUCACGGGCAAUCAGGACAUCUGCUACUACAACUUCCUCUGUGCUCACCCCCUGGGCACCCUGAGUGCCUUCAACAACAUUUUCAGUAACCUGGGCUACAUGCUCCUGGGCUUCCUCUUCCUGCUGAUAGUCUUGCGCCGGGACAUUCUCCAUCACAGAGCCCUGGAAGCCAAGGACAGCUUUGCCAUGGAGUGUGGGAUUCCUAAACACUUCGGUGUUUUCUAUGCAAUGGGCAUCGCAUUGAUCAUGCAAGGAGUGUUCAGUGCUUGUUACCAUGUCUGCCCUAAUUACUACAACUUCCAAUUCGACACCUCCUUCAUGUACAUAAUUGCCGGCCUCUGCAUGCUGAAGCUCUACCAGACCCGCCACCCGGACAUCAAUGCCAGUGCCUACGCUGCCUACGCCUCCUUCGCGGUGGUCAUCGCGCUCACUGUCCUCGGAGCGGUGUCUGGAGAAAACGUGUGGUUCUGGGUCAUCUUCUCUGCGAUCCACAUCCUGGCAUCCCUGGCCCUCAGCACCCAGAUCUACUACAUGGGUCGUUUCAAGAUCGACUUGGGGCUUUUCCGACGGGCCUUGAUGGUGUUCUACAUGAACUUCGCCCAGCAGUGCGGCCGGCCUCUCUACAAGGACAGAAUGGUGUUGCUCAUCGUGGGGAAUCUGUUUAACGGGUGCUUUGCGCUCUGUGGACUGAUCUUGCGGCCCAGGGACUUUGCUUCCUACAUGCUGGGGAUCUUCAUCUGUAACCUGCUGCUCUAUCUGACCUUUUACAUCAGCAUGAAGCUUUGCAGCUCAGAGAAGCUCCUCCCGACCCCAUGCCUCUGCAUCAUGGCCACUGUUGUGAUGUGGACCGCCUCGCUGUACUUUUUCUUCCAGAACCCCAGCAGCUGGGAGGACACCCCAGCCGAAUCCCGGGAGCGGAACCGGGAGUGUAUCCUGCUGGAUUUCUUUGAUGACCAUGACAUCUGGCACUUCCUCUCUGCCACUGCCCUGUUUUUCUCAUUCUUGGUUCUGUUAACCCUGGAUGAUGACCUGGAUGUGGUCCACAGAGGCCAGAUCCCUGUCUUCUGA